CUGAGCCAAUGAUGCUGGGUUCACCUACCUCUCCAAAGCCAGGAGUUAAUGCCCAGUUUUUACCUGGAUUUUUAAUGGGGGAUAUGCCAGCUCCAGUGACUCCACAAUCUCGAUCUAUUAGUGGCCCUUCAGUAGGAGUAAUGGAAAUGAGAUCUCCUUUACUUGCAGGUGGGUCACCACCACAACCAGUUGUACCAGCUCAUAAAGACAAAAGUGGAGCUCCACCAGUUAGAAGCAUAUUUGAUGACAUUUCCAGCCCAGGACUUGGGGCAACGCCUUUAACGUCAAGAAAACAGGCAAACAUUUCAGUAAUGCAGAGUCCUCUUGUUGGAGUUACUACCACUACUCCUGGAACAGGUCAAAGUAUGUUUAGUCCAGCAAAUAUUGGUCAGCCACGAAAGACCACAUUAUCUCCUGCUCAGUUGGAUCCUUUUUAUACUCAAGGAGAUUCUUUAACAUCAGAAGAUCAUCUUGAUGACACUUGGGUGACUGUGUUUGGGUUUCCUCAAGCAUCUGCUUCUUAUAUAUUAUUGCAGUUUGCACAAUAUGGGAAUAUCUUAAAACAUGUGAUGUCUAACACAGGAAAUUGGAUGCAUAUUCGUUAUCAAUCUAAACUGCAGGCCCGGAAGGCCUUAAGUAAAGAUGGGAGAAUUUUUGGAGAGUGCAUCAUGAUUGGCGUAAAACCAUGUAUAGAUAAAAGUGUUAUGGAAAACAGUGAAAGAUGUGUUUUAUCAUCUCCAUCUCUAGCCUUUACACCACCAAUCAAAACCUUAGGUACACCAUCACAGCCUGGGAGUACUCCUAGGAUUUCCACCAUGAGACCUCUUGCCACAGCGUAUAAAACGUCUACUAGUGACUAUCAGGUUAUUUCUGACAGACAAACGCCAAAAAAAGAUGAAAGUCUUGUAUCCAAAGCAAUGGAGUACAUGUUUGGCUGGUAGUUUGAUAAAAGUGAAGAACUUAACUACAAGAAAGUAGGUUGCUACACUAACAAAGCAGUGUUCUGCCAGUUUCCUUCGGUUAGUUAUAUAACCACUCGGCAGUUUGGGGAUGUUAUCUCAUACUUCUUCUAGAAGCCUUUUUCUUUCAGUAUACAGCAUAUUUGUAGCUGGCACUUUAAAAGAUAAUUGAGAUGCAUUUUUAAGAAACUGAAAAUUCCUAUAAAUAGGAUUUUGUGCUUUUUGUGAUAGUGAAUGCUUAAAACACAGGUAAACCCAGCACUGCUUAAUGUGAAUUAUCUGAUUGAGUUUGUCAUGAG